AUGCUACAAAUAUAUAGUCUAUAUCUGCUAUUUGCCUGCAUAUACUGCCAGUAUCUGUGGCGCAUUCGUAAUCUCAAUUCUCACCUUUGUCUACACCAACAAAUGAGUCCGUAUCAGCCGUUGAGCGGCGGAACGAGUUCCAGCGAUGGAGACGGUCACGGAAAUCAUUCUCUGCAUUUCAACACUUCGCAGGAACCACCUUUAGAUGAAACCGAUAAUCGGCACAGCCUCUCCGAUAGUGACGAUGACAACUUUGUAGACACGAAUACUUCACUUUCUCCACAACAAACAGCCAAUACCGUUACUCAAGGACCAGAUCCCGUUGCUGGAUCAUCAGCAGAACUUCGAAACUCCCUAAACAAUCUCGAUCUUGAGCUGCAAACACCUAGGAAACUAAGUGCUCGUGAAAGGAUAAUUAACGUGUUUCACCAUUUUGUUCCCAUACGGCAGACAUACGAACGACUCAAUAAUGGCCUUACGACUGGAAGAAUGCAACCAAAUACCCCGGGACAAUUUAUUGGACAUGGAACUGACGGAGUGUUCCGCAACUUGAUGGCCAAACCAGAUACAGAAUCUAACCGAAUAGGUCAAGAACAACACCCACCUUCGUAUGAGGAAGCAGCAGCAGAUGCGGUACCGGAGUAUUGGGAGUCGACCAUCAUCUCACCAAUAUAUGAGGACGAGGUGUUUGUGGAAGGCUUGCCGGUGGGCAAUAUUGCCAACUUUGUAUGGAACGCAUUGGUUACGGUUGCAUUCCAAUUCGUAGGGUUUGUGUUGUGCUACCUUUUGCAUACCUCACACGCGGCUAAGGAAGGGUCUCGGACCGGACUUGGAAUAACAUUUGUGUUCUAUGGUUGGAACAUGGUACCUGCUAAUUUCGGGAGCCUUGAUGCGGUCCCUAUACGCUAUCAACCAACAGACCCUAAUCUGGUGGAUAUUACCCAUUCGCUGUCUAUCAAGGGAGGAAAGGUGGAUGGGUACAAGUCGGACAUAUUUCAACAAAACGUUGAUACUGAACCACAUCUGAAGACUCCUUAUUUUGCCUAUGCAUUGAUAGCAUUUGGCCUUUUUAUGGUUUUAAAAUCGUUUGUUGAUUACUAUAGAGUGAAGCAAAUCGAACACCAGAUUUUUGCUCCCCAUCGACAACAACAACAACAGGAGGCAGAACAGCAACUGGCAUCCCAACUGGGUGAUAAUCAUGAGACCAAUGAGUAA